UUUCAAAGUCCGAGACAAGGUGGACGUAUAUUCCGUCACGAUAUUUCUAAGAGUUAUCGUACUUUUACAACCCGUUGAAAAUUAAAAUCGCUAUGUAAUGUGAACAUUGUGAUAGGCUGAAUUGUGGCAAUUUUUUGUGAAACAUGAUUGAAGUUAUAGGAAAUGUCCAACAAACAAAUAGCAAGCUCCGGCGGUUGGCGUCCAGGCUAUGCAGCACGGAUUCCUGGAAGAGAAGACUGCCCAUAACAAUAUGGCUGCCCAAGUACAGCUUAGAGUAUUUACUACGAGAUGCCAUUGCAGGUAUAACAGUGGGCCUGACCUCAAUACCUCAGGGUAUCGCAUAUGCUAUGGUAGCUGGAUUGCCUCCACAGGUGGGGCUAUACUCCAGUAUAUUCCCAGGCCUCAUGUACAUGCUAUUCGGCAGCUGUAAGGACGUCACCGUGGGCCCCACCGCCAUCUUGGCGGCUCUUCUCGCCAAGUACGUGGCCAAGUCAGCUGACUUCGCUUACUUGGCCUCAUUCCUGUCAGGCUGUGUUAUACUGCUACUUGGAAUACUGCAGUUAGGUUUUCUAUUGGACUUCAUAUCGACUCCAGUGAUAAGUGGUUUCACAACAGCAGCUGCGCUACAGAUAAGCGCUUCACAACUCAAGUCGCUGUUCAGGAUAUCGGGUUCAUCAGGCGACACGUUCUUCGAUGCUAUUAUAAACUUCUUCAAGAACAUAAAGACAGUGCAGCUAUGGGACACAGUAUUAGGAAUCAGCACUAUCAUAGCUUUGCUGUUACUCAAACGUGCCACAAUGACAGUGAGGGACGGUGCGUCUCCCUGCCGCGCGCGGCUGGCGGGCUGCUGGCUCAACGUGGUCCGCGCCAGGAACGCGCUCGUGGUGUUCGCGGCCGCCAUACUGGCGUACCUGCUCAAGCUGCGUGGCCUCACGCCCUUCGCGCUCACUGGUACAAUCCAGGGUGGUUUGCCAGAAUUCGGUCCCCCACCCUUCCAGACAGUGGUGAACAACCAGACGCUGUACUUCGAAGAUAUGUUAGAGGUGUUCGGGGGGGAGGGGAUCGUGAUGCCACUGGUUGCUAUUCUCGAGAGCAUCGCUAUUGCUAAGGCUUUUGCCGGCAGCACAACAGUGGACGCGACACAGGAGAUGCUCGCAAUAGGCAUGUGUAACCUCGUAUCGUCAUUUGCACAAAGCAUGCCAGCCACCGGGUCCUUCACGCGGACCGCGCUUAACCACGCGAGCGGAGUUGUCACACCUGCUGGCUGCUUCUUUAAAGCGAUGUUGGUGCUGCUGGCAGUGACCCUGCUGUCUGACGCGUUCUACUUCAUCCCCCGAGCUACCCUAGCUGGUAUCAUCAUAGUCGCCAUGUUCUCUCUCAUGGAAAUCAGUAUUAUACGACGACUGUGGAGGAAUAGCAAAUUGGAGCUGGUCGUGUACGCGGUGACGGUGGCGUCAGGCGCGGGCGCGGGGCUGGAGUACGGCAUCGCGUGCGGCGCGGCCGCCGACGCCGCGCGUGCGCUCGCCCGCGCCGCCAGGCCGAGGCUGAACGCCACCGCCUUCAAGGUGGGCAACCAGGACUGCAUCUCUGUGUCGCUGCCAGGCGGUCUGUCGUACCCGUGCGCGCAGCACGUGCAGCACAAGCUGCGCGGGCUCGGGCGGGCGCCGCUCGUCGUGCUCGACGCCCGGCAGCUGCACGCCAUGGACAUCGGCGUCGCUGAGAACUUAAUAUCUGUGAUAGUAGACUUAGAGAAGCAAGGUCACAGGUUCCUCCUGUGGAACUUCAAGCAGAGCCAUCAGAAACUGCUGGAGGAUAUACAUCCAGGGUUCGAGAGCAGAUUCGUUGAUGGACCCAGUAUUGAUCAGCAUAUUUUAGGCAUGGAGAUCACACGAUAAGUUUUGCUCAACAAAAAGCCAGUUGGAGUUUGUAAAUACAUCAUCAUUACUAUCAUAUCACACCAGUAGGUUUAUAAUAAACUUAAGGAAUAAAUGAAUAACAUGGUUGAAUGGCAAAUGAUCAAGUAAUCCAUCAUCCUCCGGGCUUUUUACCAACUAUGUUGGGGUCCGCUUCCAGUCUAACCAGAUGUAGCUGAGUACCAGUGUUGUGUGGCAAAUGAUCAAGUGUCAAGGUGCUUAAUAUUGUAUGGUUCGUAUUUUUUUUUCUUACUGAGGAUUUCAAGAACCGAUCCAUCGAUUGUUUUUCAUAACAUCCAUAAGUUGUAAAGAAGUUCUAAUAACUUUCAUGUAAAACCGCUUGUUUUACAUUUUUUAAAUCGUAAUUUGCUAAAAAGUGAGCUAUCAAGCCAUUAAGCAUAAGGCCGGCCGUAGAUAAAAGUAAUUCACCAUUCUUAUGAUGUAAUUGUAAAUUACUGUUUAAGUAAUACAAUGUGUGUAACGGGUAGUACUUAUGAAACAAAGUAUUGUUUUUACUGUAGGCUUAACAUGAAAGACACGAAAUACAUGAGCUAUCAAAUUAGAGAAUUGUAGACACCAGAUAGGUGAAAUUCUUUGGCGAAACUUAUAUAACUUAAUAAUACAUUCCAUUAUACAGUAAAAAUACUUUGGUAUUGUAUAUUGUAAUAGAAUUAUAUUUUGUAAAUAAUUUAUUGUCUUUCUUAAUUACGUGAUACUGAAUGUGAUAAAAUCAUAAACUUUGCGUAACACAUUGAAUCUGAUUCUACAUAUUAUGGUAAUUAUAGUUUUUAGAUAAAUCUACUUAUUUAAAUAAUUUCUUUUCGAUUUAUAUUUUAUUUAGUACAAUUUGUUGAUAUAUUGUAAGUGCGGUUAUUUUAUCAUGAAGUUUUGAAAUAAAUAUUCAACGAAUAUAUAA